AUGUCGGAAGAAUUGCCAGAGUUGGUGGCGCAAGAGAUUGAGAUUCUGAGAGACUCUCGGUUUGCAGAGUUGCCAGUGUGUAAGCGCUUCCAGCUUCUCCAAAAGAAAAUUGGAGAUGACGAGGAAAACCCUGCUAUUUGCUGCUUGGAAGUGGACCUUGAGCCCAUGACUGAAGAGGGCAUACAGCUGGUGUGCGCAACUUUGCAGGUGAGGAUUCCAGCAGGCUAUCCCACCUCAGCCACACCCAAGGUGUUUGUGGAGAGGUCCAGAGGCAUUGGUGAUGUCGCUACAGAAGCCAUGAUGGAAGCAGCUGAGAAGGCUGUGCAGCAUCAUGGCCUGCAGGAGGAAGGUUGCUUAGCACCUUUGCUCUCGGAGGUGAAAGAUGCUCUAGGCAAAGCUGUCAGCGAAUGUUAUAUUUGCAUGAUGGAUUGUGAUCCAAGCAGCGCCAUUUUCGUGGCUUGUAACUGCGUUUUCCAUCGCGAUUGCCUGGAAGAAUGGCGAGGUCUGAAAGAUAGGGAGAAGACAGCGAAAGCAGAUGCAGCGACGGAAAGCAUCAAGUCACAAAAGGAUGCGCUUGAAAAGAUGUGCGCAGAAGCAAAUGAACAGGUAGAAGAAGCCGACAAGCAGGUGGCUUAUGCGCAACUGCAGAUGGAUCGAGCAGCCUCAGCUGUGGAGCAGGCCAUGAAAAAGGCACAGGCAACUGCAGAGGAUGAUGAGGAACAGGUGCCUAGCGAGGAUGAAGCCAAUGAACAGGAGGCCGAGGAGUCAGACAGCUCAGUGGAGUUGGACUCUGUGGAUUACCGAAACGAGGCACGCUGGGGCGCACCAGAGGUCAGCCUUGGAGGACUGUACCACAACAAGCAUACAAAGAAGAACUGGCAUCCCAGCGUCCGGAUGAAUCGAAAGCGGCCCAAGAAGUACCUGAAGCGCAUCGAUGAAAAGCUCGAAGAGAUGAAGAAAGAAGGUAAGCGCCAACUGAGUGACGAGAUGUCGCAAGCAGUGACCAAGUGGGAAAAGGCGCAGUUUGAGCACAAAGAAACAAAACUGAUCUUGGACAAAGAACAAGAGAAUUACAAGAAGCUCAAAGAGAAGGCAGAAAAACUUCAGGGAGAACUGGAGUGGACGAGUAACUAUUUGAGUGAGGAACGCGCCAAGUUCACGUCUUUGCCACUCCUUUGCCCGGUGUGCCAAAACGAAGUUGAUGCCAAAGUGGAGGAAAAGCAGCCCGAAGCUGCUGAAAGUGUUCAGCCACAGCCAGUACCGGAAAAUGUGGAGGAUCAAGAGGAGAUUGCUAGACAAGCCUUGCUGGCUGAGGAGGAGAAGAAGAGACAAAAAGCAGCGGCAGAGUUGGCAGCCCUUGAGGAGAAGAUGGUAUUCAUGAUGACCAAGGGCGCCAAAGGCCCCAAGGAAUCGGAGGAUACAGAUGCUGCGGCAGCAGCAGAGGUAGAGCAAACUCCGGUGGAUGACACGGAAGAACAGGAGCUUCAGGAAGACGAUGUGAAGAGCUACAUGCCAAGUGGGGAUGAUCUCCCUCCACCUCGGAAGGCCCUGGAUGAUGAACUGCUGGUCACCAUUGAGAUGUUGAUGGAAGCCUACAGUGAGAAAACUGUUGAAGGUCAAGAGCUGUUGGAACCCUUCAAUGAAUUGCUGGAGGUUCUGAGAGACAGCCAAGAGAAGACGGACCAAGAAAUCAAGGAGGUCCUGACGGAAGUCAUUGGCGUUAUCCGAGAGGAAGAGUCUUGCUGACAUACUCGUGGCCGCAACUGUCAAAAUGUGAGAUGAUGAGGCAAGUGGCACCACCAGAGCGCUGCCUGUUUUGUGGCCGCGUUUGGUAGCUUCCCGUGCGUCGCGACGGCAAAA